UGUUAUUUUCCAAUUAUAUAAACUCGAACUUGGAUUUCUCACUUUCCACUAAAAAACCUCACUCUCAACGCCUCGUUUGCUUCUGAUUCGUCCUUGUUUCAUCGUUUGAUUCGCUUAUCCUCCAAUGGCAUCUGACAAGAAAAUUAAGAUCGGGAUCAACGGUUUCGGAAGGAUUGGCCGUUUGGUUGCGAGAGUUGCUCUACAGAGGAACGAUGUCGAGCUUGUUGCUGUUAACGAUCCGUUCAUUUCCACCGAAUACAUGACAUACAUGUUCAAAUACGACAGUGUUCAUGGUUUGUGGAACAAGCAUGAGUUGAAGGUCAAGGACGAGAAGACACUUCUCUUUGGUGAUAAACCAGUCACUGUUUUUGGAAUCAGGAACCCUGAGGAGAUCCCAUGGGGCCAGACUGGUGCUGAUUUUGUCGUCGAGUCAACUGGAGUUUUCACCGAUAAGGAUAAGGCCGCUGCCCAUUUGAAGGGUGGUGCAAAGAAGGUGGUCAUUUCCGCCCCAAGCAAGGAUGCACCAAUGUUUGUGGUGGGUGUUAAUGAGAAGGAAUACAAGCCCGAGCUUGAUAUUGUUUCCAAUGCUAGUUGCACUACUAACUGCCUUGCUCCCCUGGCCAAGGUCAUCAAUGACAAGUUUGGAAUUGUUGAGGGUCUCAUGACAACUGUGCAUUCCAUAACCGCCACCCAAAAAACUGUUGAUGGCCCAUCAAUGAAGGACUGGAGAGGUGGAAGAGCUGCUUCCUUCAAUAUCAUUCCCAGCAGCACUGGUGCUGCCAAGGCUGUGGGAAAAGUUCUUCCAGAACUUAAUGGCAAAUUGACUGGAAUGGCAUUCCGCGUUCCAACUGUGGAUGUUUCAGUUGUUGAUCUCACUGUAAGGCUUCAGAAGGAAGCUACCUAUGAGGAUAUCAAAGCUGCCAUUAAGGCGGAAGCCGAAGGCAAUCUUAAGGGUAUCUUGGGCUAUACUGAAGAUGAUGUGGUGUCCUCUGACUUUGUUGGUGACAGCAGGUCGAGCAUAUUUGACGCUAAGGCUGGUAUUGCUUUGAGCAAGAACUUUGUUAAAGUUGUCUCAUGGUAUGACAACGAGUGGGGCUACAGUACACGUGUGAUUGACUUGAUUGUUCACAUGGCCAAGACCCUAGCUUGAAGACGCCCUACUAAGUACUAAUGAAUGAUAUGAUGAUCGUUCAAGCUUAUUUUCAUAUGUAGUGUUUUAAUUUUGUUGAGGGUUUUAGGAUGGGAUGUUCCAUCUUUAGAGAGAGGUUGAAUAAAAGACCAUGUGCUGCCUUUCUACCUUUUUUUUUUUUGGUAUGUUUCAGGUAUUUUAUGCCUUUUUUUGACUUUUGCCUAUAAAAUUAACUGGGUGAUCCCAGUUUCUGCCUUUCAGAGUAGUUUGAAUUUUGAAAUGCAAAUUAGAACAGUGUUUCUACUUCACCCA